AUGCCUCGUCGGGGUGUCGUGGCAGACAACGACGAUGAUGUGCCUGGCUCUAGUUUAGCAAGCACAGCUGUCAAAGAAGAAAAAGUCAGAGUGAAAGAGGAAAAGUCUAAAAGUAAAGGCAAGCAACGAGCACGCGUCGACGCGGAAGACGAUGAAGACGGUGAACAAAAUGGUGCGGGAGAUCAAGACGCUGAAGGGGAAGAUGACACAGGCGAUCCGGAAGGUGUUGACUCGCCACGGGGCGCUAAGCGAACACGUCUCAACGAAGAGGGUGAAUCGCGUCCUGGUGGAAGUGGUUCUCAACAUUUACCCAAGAAGAAGACGCUUCCACGCGACGUCGAUGGCUAUAUCCCAGGAUCAAUUGUUCGCAUCCAACUGCACAAUUUUGUCACCUACGACUUUGUGGAGUUCCGGCCUGGUCCUUAUCUUAACAUGAUUGUUGGUCCCAACGGUACAGGGAAAAGUAGCAUUGCUUGCUCUAUCGCUUUAGGCUUGAAUUUCCCUCCCUCAAUCCUUGGUCGCGCCUCUGAAUUGAACUCUUUCGUGAAGAUUGGAACCGAAGGUGGCUACAUUGAGAUAGAGCUCAAAGGUCCCAAGGGAAAACGGAAUGUCAUAAUUCGCCGUACCCUCAGCGCAACAUCAAAAUCUUCCAACUUUACUUUGAAUGGAAACGCUGCGUCGGGAAACGAGAUCAAACAUAAAAUGACGGAAUUGAACGUUCAAGUUGGCAAUCUAUGCUCCUUCCUUCCUCAAGAUAAAGUAUCAGAGUUUGCAGCGAUGACCCCACAACAGCUCCUCAGGGAAACACAACGGGCAGCUGGUGACGAACGCCUCACCUCUUGGCACGAUACGUUAAUCUCAGCUGGUAAAGAUCUCAAAGCGAUGCAAUUGCAAAUCAAAGGAGAGCAAGAGCAGUUGAGGCAAAUGGUUGAGCGCAACGAAGGUAUCGAAAGAGAUGUUCAGCGAUAUAAGGACCGUAAGAAGAUUGAGCACGAGAUCGCUUUUUUGAACGUCCUCAUCCCCGUGGCAACUUAUCGGGAAACCUUAAUCCGUUUCAAGGAGAUCAAGGCGAAUCAGCGAAGACUCCAUGAGAAGGUCACAAAGCUGAAGGCGAAAAACGCCCCUGCCCAUGAAUUUCUCAAAAAGCUUGAUGCAUCACACAAGGCUUUGGACAAGGUUAGGGAUGAUAAGAAGAAAAUAGUUUCCGCUCAUGUAAAGCGAAUGCAAGCCAAGCACACGGCUAAUGACAAACUCGAGACCGACGCUGAAGAUAUUAACAUGAAGCUCGGGCAACUCAAGAGAGCGGAAAAGGAGCGCACCAUUAAGAUCAAAAGUCUGGGCAACGACAUUAAGAAGCAAGAAGAUGAAUUGGCCAGAGAUCCUCCCGAGCUCCCAAGUCAAGAACAGCUCAAUGACGAAGCUAGGCAAAUAAAUCUAGAGCGCCAAUCACUCAUUGCGCGGAGGGGAGAACUGGAUCAGCAGCUCGAAAGCCUGGUCGUUCGAAAGACCGAUGCCAAACACGAGUAUGACAAGGGCGCUGCAGAGCUGAAGAAACUGGACGACGCCGAUGCUCGUAAGCUCGCUAUGAUGUAUCGCUGGGACAGGGAGACCCACGACGCAAUCAAGUGGCUUCGAUCCAACAAGCAUCUUUUCAAGGCACAAGUGUUCGAGCCGCCUUUCAUGUGUGUUACUGUUAAAGACAAGAGGUAUGCAAACGCGGUCGAGGCUUGUUUCAGUGCUGGCCAGAUGAAGACGUUUGUUGCCCAGUCACAAGAAGAUUGCGAUACUCUCAAUCAUCACAUCAAUGACUCAGGAGCGUUGGGGCGAAAAGCCCGGAUUACGACGUGGUUCAGAGCACAUCAGGAGGAUAUGUUAGUUCCUCCUCCAAUGAGUCGUGAAGAGUUGGCUGAGCUGCACUUUGAUGGAUAUGCACUGGAUUACAUCGAUUAUCCUGAGGGAUUACAAUGGUUCUUAAGAAGAGAACUCAACUUGCACCGAACCGCUAUUGCUCUCAAGGCUAAUGUAGACGUCAAUCGCACCAUGGAGGUUGUGGCUCGUCCAGGACACAAUCAUCCUGGAGGAGCUAACUUCAUCAAUGGAACGACCAUGAACAUCGUGUCACGUUCUCGGUAUGGACGAAAGGCGGUGGGCAACAUGACGCGAGAUGUCCAUCAAGCGAGGAACUUUGUCAUCCCAACCAUCGAUCCUGAGACCAAGCGAAAGUAUGACGAGAUGAUGGCAGCGGCAGUGCAGGAAAAGCAGCUCUGUGACGAAGCCAUGGCUGGGGUGAACAAGAAGCUUGACGAUGUGGCGGAAGAGGACAAGUCAUUUGUAGCGCGGAUUAACAGCGUCAAAAGCCGGAGGGAAGAAAUCAAAAACGAACAGAAGAGGAUUGCUACCGCUCAGUCGAGGCUCAUACGCCUACGGGAUCAACUUAAACAGUAUAUGAGUCAACCUUCAGCUGAUGAAGAAAGGAAAAAGCUCAGGAAGAAACUAUUAUCCAUUAGCCAGCAACGCAUGAUAAACGCAAAAGAUUACACAAACCUGGCGCACGCCAUCGUUCCAGAGGCACAGACGUGUGCCUAUGCCGGGAUUCAGUACCUUCAGGUUGGAGCCAACAGGGCCGCGCUGCAGGAACUGUGUAACAAGAAAGAUGAAAAGUUCCAAACGGCAUUGGGGGAGUUCAACGAAGUCAACGAAGCCUUUAUACAGAUCAAGGAAGAAACCAAGAGAUGUCUAGCUGAAAACCGACAGAUUGUCGACGAAGCGCCAGAGGACAUCCGAGAGGAGUAUGCGGAAUCUGAGCGAGUCCGUGUUGCUUAUGAAAUGGCGCUUGAAGAGUCCAAGAAGAACGGAACGCCGCCUCCAGAUCCUGAGGGUGUGGAGUUGCGGUCGAGGGAAGAGCUGGAGAAUGAGCUGGAGAGGCAGAGGGCCAAGCUCGAUUUGAAUCUUAAUACUAAUCCUGGCGUUGUCGAGCAGUAUGAAAAGCGCAAGAGAGAUAUAGAGCAACUUGAGAAAACACUUGAGGAAAGGCAAAAGAAGGCAGACAAGGUAGAGCGUAACAUCAAGAAUGCCAGGGACAACUGGCAACCGGCCCUUGAGAAACUCGUCGCAAGCAUCGGAGAGAAGUUUUCUGCUGCCUUUGACCGCAUUGGAUGCGCUGGCGAGAUCCGCAUCAGCGAACACGAAGACUACGACAAGUGGGCGAUCGACAUCUUGGUCAAGUUCCGCGAUAGCGAGAAAUUGCAGUUGCUAACUGGACAACGACAGUCUGGUGGAGAACGUUCCCUGACCACUAUUCUCUACCUUAUGAGUCUUACCGAGGAAGCCCGAGCUCCGUUUUCGUUGGUGGAUGAGAUCAAUCAGGGAAUGGACCAACGCGCAGAACGCACAGUACACAACUCGAUGGUCGAAGUAACAUGCAAAGAAGACAGCGCGCAAUACUUCCUCAUCACGCCCAAGCUGCUUCCCGACCUAAACUACCACGAGCGCAUGAAGAUUUUGUGCGUGAACAAUGGGGAGUGGUUGCCUGAAGAACGCGAUUUGGGGAACAUGAUGAAUAUGAUUGAGGGGUAUGUGCAGAGGCAGGGUCGGGCUGCGAAUGCUGUUUAGAUGCGAUUGCUCUCGCUCGUGGAUACGUACCAUUGCUAUUCUAGACUUUUAUAAUCACCCAUCCAUCAUCGACUUACUGCACAUACUUAUCGAUACCUCACUCAAUAAACAGUCUUCGAAAAUGAAAUUCU